CAAACCAGAGGGAGACGAUGCCAUUGCUCGUUGGGAGAUUCGCACUUCGCUUGGUAAAGAUUUCUACUUUUUCGUCUGAUCUCUCAUAUCCGUUCUAAAGGAACGGAAAAGAUGAUGCCUUGCUCUGUAAGUUGGUCUUCCUCAUUGCUCUACUUCCUUGUGUUUUCUUUGCUGGGUGUUUGAGGGAUGCGCCAUUUUACCGUAUUGUCUGAUCUCAGUUGACUCUGCGUUCGAAUUGCUGCAACUCGUGUCGACCUGGCAUUUGGAUCUGACUUAAGUUCUCAAUUUGCUCAGUGGGUUGUAUAGAUUUCUGCAGUCUUUCUCAUUGGAGUUAUGGUUUUCUCGAUUGAGCAAGCAGCUUUGCUUUUUCUUAGAUGAAGCAGAAGCAAUUGCUUCCUAAUUCUAGGUUUUUGCUUGAAGUUUCCUGCUAAACACUGUUUAAGUACUCUCAUUUGCUGGCAGUAUGAUUGGUCCAAUUGUUUCUGCAUUACAAGUUGAAUUCAGAUUACACUAUCUUAGUUGGUGAGUUGCUGACUUUCUUUUCCUCCCUACCUUUUCUCAAUUGCCAUGAGAAUAGUAGGGUGGACUUGCAGGCGUUGGAAAUGGGUAUCAUAUGGAGAUUUUUCUUCUGUUGCUGCUUCACUGUUCUAUCUCUGUCCAUUAGUGGCGACUGUUUGUCUUUGGAGGUUGGUGAUAAUAUGUUGUGCUACCUUGAAACCAUGAAUCUCAUCCGGUUCUUCCCUUUGUAUGGCCAAGUUUCAAGGUAGAAUCAUGCUUGCUGGUUUUCAUAAGAAAUGGGAACUACGAUAUCUAUGCGUUGCUGGUAGGAUUCAGAGAUAUAACACCCUCCAUUACCUUGGCGAGUCGUCAUAGGACUUCAUUUUAAUCCCGUCCCUGCAUUGGCUAAAAUUCUGAUGUGAAAUGAAUAUCACCAUCAUAGUUACCUACGAAACUUUCUUCCUUCUACCUUUCAUGUCUUCUUAAUGAAGCAGUGGCAUUUUCGCUUCUUCAAUUGCUGUCCUAAUACAUCAUGGACUGAACUGAGUUCUUCUCUGAUGAUAACCGUGUUUUUUCAGGAUUUUAUACUGAAGUCUUAUUUCUCAAAAUACGAAGUUCUUACUGAUUCUAGCUUCCAAGAUCUCCUACAAGAUGAGCUCUCGAAGUUCUCAUGUAAAAUGCUACCCGGCGAUCCCAACCUUCAACUCACACUAUCUGGUUUGGAGCGUCGUUUGAUUGGGGAAGGCUCUCAUCGCCAUCUAUCUUCAACAAUCCAGAUUCAAGUCCCUCCGCAAAGCUUCCCUCUUCAGUCUUGCAAGCUUGUAAUGAUUGAAAGACUGCCCUCUGGAGUCUUUGCUGAUCCAUUCGAGCUCGACCACCUGUUCCAUCAUGGAGCAUAUGCUGGCAUAGGUGUCUUCGGAGAUACAAAUUUGGAGUUGCCUUCGGUUUCCUCAAAUAGGUCUGCAGUGGAGAUUCACAUGAAUUUCGAGCACAACAUUUCAUCCGGAGCCAUGUCAGAACUUGGAAUCAGAAUAGACCUCCCAUUACAUGCCCGUUAUGCGCCGUUGCAUGAAAGCGGAUACUCAGAAGUAGCAUUUGGUAUGCCGGAUUUGCUCGUGAAUUGCAGCAUGGAAGGAGGCUCAGAGAUGAGAAGUUGCUUGAUUGUGCCAAGCCAUGACAGCAACAGACUGAGAACAGAUGUUGUGUGGAAAAUACCAUGUGGGAUUAUGAGCCAUACAAAUGUGGUUUCUGUUGUUACGUUUGCUACUGCCUUCGUAUCAACCCUUGUAAUUGUAUUUGCAUCCGUGCUUUACCCCAAACCUCGUUGAAUAUGCUCAAAGAUAUAAAAAUAUAAAUAUUAAAAAAAUAUACCUUCAUUUUCAUGGUUGAUAGCCAUCCAAAUUUCCCAUUCUUAACAACCAUUUUACUUUACUUUCUAACACUCCCUUGGUUUCCUUCCUCUUUUAAAAGGUCCAACCUCAUUUGUCAAUUAUAACAUUAAGUAAAUUGAACGAGAAUAGGAAUGUGCCUUGGAUAUGUCGGAUGAGUAUCCUAAUAUUCAUAAUUGCAUCAAAUCAUAUGCUAGUUAAGUUGAGUGGUUUGGUUUCAUGUAUGGACUAGGCCAAUCUAUUAAAAUAUGUGUAUUGAAAUCAAGUUUAUCAAUGAUU